AUGGAUAACGACGAGUACAACGCCGAGCAGUACUUCAAUGGCGGCGAUGACGACGAUGACAAUCAACACGAGCCUGAAGCUGAGAAGGAGGGAAGCGCCAUGUCUGGAGGUGGCCAUGCUAUGAUCUCUUGGGCCCGUCGCAAGCGCGCUCUUCGACAGCGCCAGGUUGGAUCUGCUGCCACUGAGCACNNGCAAUCGAGCUUGGAUAUCGUGGUCCUGAAGGCCAGGGACAAAGCUGUCAGCCAUGUAUCCAAGACUAAAUUCGAGCAGGUGGUCAAUUGGGUCGACCACAAGACUUACGAUGUCGUCAAGGAAUGCGAGGGUGUCAACGUCAGGUGCCAUAGUUUUGACACCACCGUCCCUUUCGUCCGCUUCUUGGUCCACUGGAUCCACUACCACAACACCAAUGAUACUCACGCUGCCAUCGAAUAUGCUCUCGACAACAAAAUCGAUGUCAACAUCCUCAAACCCAAACUCGGCGCUAUCAACUUGUCCCAGGACAUCACUGUCGACAUCUUCGUUGCUCUUACCAAUUAG